UAAUUAAUUGAGAGGGUUGUUAGGGUUGUUUUUUGUCCCGCCCACAACACUUGCUCGAGGUCAGUUGUCCUGUCACAGCACCCGUCCAAGAAAUGUCAUUAUUCCUGUCGAGGUAACAACAACUGUUCAUAAAACUGCGGCAUAUUUUGAAAAUACGCCGUCAAAAGGACUAUAUCUAGUCCGGCCUAACAAGACGGUUAGUUAUGGCUGGCUUGAAUAUUGUGAAUAAGUUGCGGAACUAGUAGCAAAAUGCUUGCAGGCACGAGAAAUGGCUUACUGUCCGUACAGUGGGUUUCCAGUCGGCGCUGCCGUUUUGACGACAGGGGGCGCCAUUAUCACCGGCUGUAAUGUUGAGAAUGCCUCCUAUGGCCUUACUGUAUGUGCGGAGAGAACUGCGAUACAGAGAGCGGUCGCAGAAGGCUAUCGAAGAUUUACAGCCAUAGCUGUCACAUGUGAUAUCAAAGAUAGUUUUGUGGGACCCUGCGGUGCUUGUCGACAGGUAUUAAUGGAGUUUGGCACAGAAUGGGACGUUUACCUCACUAAGCCAGAUGGAACCUAUAAGAAGACCAGUCUCCGAGAGCUCUUGCCUUUAGCAUUCACCCCAGCUCACCUGCAGAAGAACUGAAUGCACUGCCCUCAAAUUUAAUUUAACUUUUUAAAAUCUAAUUUUAGGAUUGAUACCAACUUUGAAGAAUUGAAAUGUGAACUGUCAUGUGAACUGUGCUGGACAUGAGGAGUUAGCUGCUUCUGAAGGCCAUUUCAGUCACAACAUCAUCUCAGUCCCCACUAGAGAGCACUACACACCCUGCAGUCUUUAAAAGAAGAAAAUAAUUUUUUGAAAUAAUCUGGUCAAUUUAGGCAGAUGUCUAUUUACAUGUAUGUUCAAAAGUUUGUGGUCAGUAAUUUUUUUUUUUUUUUUAAGAAAAUAACAUUUAUUUAGCAAGGACACAUUGAUCAAAAGUGACAAUAAAGACCUUUU